UAUGCGACGUCGAUUUCAGCAACGUCAAUUAGAUUGCUCGUUUGCCGUACUCGAUCAUCUUUCAACAAUAGCUGAAAAUUUAUUAACGGAAUUCGAUGUUGAAUCUAUCAUUGCACUUUUACAAAGAACAAAAAACAUAAACGCCAGUGGUUCAAGUUCAACCUCGUCGACUCCAAAUAUUUCACCGAGCACAUCAGUCGUUUUAGUAGAUAAUAAUAGUACACCUGUAACGCCUUCGUCAUCAAUGGUGAUUGUGGACAAAGAUGCAGGGAAGAUGAUCGAAUCGGUAAACAAUAAGGACUCGGGAGAAAAUCAACAUAGUGAUAAUUCGAGUAGAAGUAGUGGUCAGGAUAGUGAUGAGCAAUCUCCCACAAGCACAAGUCAUCCGGCAUCGAAUCAAAUGAAAUCCAAAGUGGAGUGCUGGAACGAAGUUAAAUAUAAGACAAUUUAUUUGGAAACCUUUCUUACAUUAGUGCUUACCAUUCAACUGAACUUAUUGGGGAGAUAUAAUUAUCUGUAUUCUGUGGUAGCUCUUACCGAACGAGACAGAGAACAAAUCAUACAAAUCCAACCUUCUACAGGAUCUUUAUUAAAUUCUAAAACUGAACAGAAAUAUUUGACAUUCAUUUGGUGGUUUUUGAAUGUUGGUAGUAAAAAGGCGAUUGAACGUGUUAGAGAGGCUGUUGAAUCCGUAAUGUCAGGUAUUCAAUUGAAACAAGAAAUUUCGUACAAAGACUUUAUUUGGUUUUUAUCUGAAAUAAGAACUAAAGUUGAGUCUUUCGAAAAUGAAAACGGAAAUCGAACACACGGAUUUUCAAAUAUUCUGAUGCCCGAAAAGUAUGAAGAUGAGUUGAUGGUAUUAAGUAAAGGUGGUGGUGGUGUUCUUGAGACGUUUAUUGAACCAGAGUUGAGAAAUUUAUUAGAUGAGACCAAAGACUUUAUUUACAGUCAAGACUUUGCAACAGUCCUAUCAAGUUGUUUAAAUUCCGCAUUUGGUCUAUUGAGUCAAGACUUGUAUCCACAUUUUAUUGUUAAAAAGGAAGAUGAUGAGGUAGAAGAAACGAUAGAAAAGAAUGUCUUAUUAAUUAAACUGUUACCGGACGUUGCGAGAUCGACUAAUAUAAUACUCCAUGGUAUACCCAAUAAAUAUAUCGAG